AUGCUGGUGACGUUCGUGCUGGACACGAGUGCGUCAAUGAACCAGAGCACGAGCUCUGGCAUGACACUGCUGGACUAUGCCAAGUCAGCGGUGGAGCGCUUUGUGAAACGUGUUCGAGACCCGAGUCGGCGCUACCAGCACCACUUCAUGCUGCUAUCGUGUGGACGCGAUGGGCGUCUUAAAGGUGGGAGCAAGAGUGCGGACGCAACUUACAACGGCCGUGUGCGCGUGGGCUGGGACCAGUCCACUAAUAAGGAGGCUUUCUUGCGCGAGCUCAAGAAUCUACGCGCCACGGACCUGAGCGACGUGGGAUCCGCGCUCAAACAGGCCUUCGAGCUCAUGAACCAGAUCCGCCUCCAGUUCAACUGGGACAGCUACGGACUGGGCCGCGCGCCCUGGAACACCAACGUGUCGGUGUGCGUGCUGCUCACAGACGCCACAACGCUGUCCAGCGCCGACGGACUCAUCCAGGACACACUCACUAUCGCACCGUCGAAUGCGGUGGGAGCGGACCUCACGUUCGAGCCUUACAGAUGGGACCAGCGGCUCUUUACAGUCGCGCUUAAGCUGUCGGCCACUAUGAACGGCGUCAAGGGACAACCUACUGUACCAGCGCACUUAAUGGCAAUCAGUGAAGCCACGGGCGGGAUGCUGUACAUGCCGACGUCCAAGCCUGCGGUGGAGCAGAGUAUCGAUCAGAUCAUCCUGAAGCUUAAAGCUGGAGCUGUGGUCAAGUUUAAGUGCGAGGCAAUGGAAGGAGAAGCGGAGUUCCCUGUGACAAGGAACAUAAUUGCACCGAUUCAUAAUGGGAAGGAGUUUUCCUGGCCGGUGGCUGAAGGUUUUUGGCUAGAUAGAAACACCGUCGCGCUGCCCACGCGAGAAGCUCAGCCGACGCUGGUCUAUUCACGCACGGUGGAGAAUGCUAUCGAGGCGGCCACAAGUCAUAUGCUGCUAGAUACGUUGAAGUUCCCAGCUGAUAACUAUUUGCUGGAGACAUCCAUCAGCCCUACACCGAGUCGCGGGCAGCGCUGGUUGGUGUAUGUCCAAGGCAGCAAGGGAGACGGGCGUCUGGGAGACCCUAUUGGAAUGCUACGUGCGCCUAGUUCGACCCCUGGCAUCCCCACUUUCAACGCGGUGCUAGUACUUUUGCCCUAUAAUUUCCCCAAGCUCUUCUCGCUGCUGGUGGAAGUCGCGCGAGUGUACCAGGCGAGUGGACAGAAUAUCAAUUCGACGUCGGGCACGUGGAUGUUCCAAGCCAAAGCCAUGCCGUCCUCGUGGCGCGAAUCUUUCUCGGCAUACCUAAGUGGCUGUCCGCUGUACUACUACGCUCCAUUGAAGAAGGCGCUGCGCAAGUAUAACUUGCAUGAUAUGGUCCCAGAGGUCCAAGACUCGGGACGGAGCUACCAGAUUUCGAACUUUUUGAACCGACUGAGAGAACAAGCCAUUGCAGAGAGCGACAGCAACAACAAGUUGUUCUCCCGAGCCAGUCGAAACGAUACGUCUAGCUCAGCUAGGAGCAGCGGCAUCCCCGAGUCCUCUCCAUCAGCGUCGCCCAUUUCAAGUAGAGAUACGACUGGAACGAUCCAGACUGAUGCGACGUUGGAUGCCAUCGCGAGUAUGUCGCUCCAGGAACUGCGAGCUGCUCACCACAAGAGCAAGGCUUUGUUCUUUGAAAAGUCCUCGAAGCACCAGCUCCAGAUAUCUCUUCCGCGUGUGAGGGCACCGAAAGACGACGCCGUGCCUCUGAAGUUAACGCCUAGUUGGCGUGCUGUAGAGGAAGAUGAGAAGCAUCGUCAGCCGAUUGACGUUAUGAGUGACUAUGAAUCGCGACUGGUCAAGAAAGAAGCGCUUCGUAACCCUCUGGCUGAAGCUGAGCCUGAUGAGGAUACUCCGACUGGACUGCGACGACGCCAACUAUCCUUUAACCUGGGUAACCCGUACAAGAAGAGCACAUCAAAAAGCAACGUGUACCAGAACGAAGCGGCAGAUGAAGCAGCGGCACUAGGAGGCCAAUCUCCGAAGCGCCAGCGUACACGCAAGCGGUCUUCUCAGCUGAAGCGAGACAAGAAACACUCCAAGCGCUCUCACCGAAUGCAUGGCUCCCCGUCCUUCAAGAAGUCGCCUGGGUCGCCUUCGCACUCUCCUAGCUCCCCUGUUUCCAGCACUUCAUCGACAAUUUCGUCGCCGGGGCGAAGUGAAAGUGGAGAUUCAGUUAUGACCGACAGCUCGAUGGGGUCGAACUAUUCUGUCAAGGCUGAGGCAGCGCAAAUGCUGGGUAUCCCACUCCACGAUGGCGACUUUGUGGAGGAUGAAAAGAACGCCAGCUUCGUCCGACAGGUCUACGGCGUCUUGGCAGAAAACUGGGAAUCGUGGAGCACUAUUAUCCGUCUGAUCAAGGCACGCUCGACGACGCAGCAGGAGAAGGAGUUUGUAGUGAGUGGUCUCCGGUCGAUGAAGGGUGGUUCGACAGCAGUGAAGACGUACAUCGAGCAAGCGAUUUACUUAUCGCAGCAAUUCCGACAGAAGGCUCUGGAGCAGCAACUGAGACUAUUACUGGAUGAAGAGGCGGUAGCGUAA